CGGGGUUUUGAGAGUGAGAGAGAGAGAGAGAGAUUUCUUGAGAGAGAAAGAGACGGGGUGAAUGGAAGGUGCGAGCAACGGAGGAAUGUUGUACCACGAGGUACAAGAAUCGAAGCUUUGCGCCGUGCAUUGCGUCAACACGGUGUUGCAGGGCCCCUUCUUCUCCGAAUUAGAUUUGGCCGCCCUUGCCUCCGAUCUUGAUCGGAAGGAGCGUCAGAUGAUGCUCGGCGGUGCCGCCGAAACCAUCAACGACGGUUUAUUAUCCGAAGAGUCUCACAACGUGUCGAUGGACGGCGAUUUUAGUAUUCAGGUUUUACAGAGGGCGUUGGAGGUAUGGGAUCUGCAAGUGAUUCCACUCAAAAACCCAGUUGCUGAGCCUGCUCAGAUUGAUCCGGAGCUUGAAAAUGCAUUUAUCUGUCAUUUGCAGGACCAUUGGUUCUGUAUCAGGAAAGUGAAUGGAGAGUGGUACAACUUUGACAGUCUCUACGCAGCCCCUGAGCACCUUUCCAAGUUUUAUCUCUCAGCCUACCUGGACACCCUAAAAGGCUUUGGUUGGAGCAUUUUUCUGGUGAGGGGAAACUUCCCAAAUGAGUGUCCCAUCACGUCCUCCGAAGCUUCUUAUGGUUAUGGGCAGUGGUUGUCACCUGAAGAUGCAGAGAGGAUAACUAAAUCAUGUAACUCAGUACAGAGACCACCUCACAGAACCGAUCUAACUCAGCAUGUUUCUGAUCCAUUUCUUCAGUACAGGGAAGCAGACAUGCUUUUAGAUGCAGAAGACGAGGAUUUGAAAGCUGCAAUAGCUGCUAGCUUGAUGGAUUCGUCCCCACCCAUUGUCGUUGCUGAAGCUGGCACCUCGCAAAAUGAAAAUAAGAACAGCCGUGAUGAAAAUGCAUGAGGAUAUAUAUUCUUUUCAGAUUUAUGUUUUACACGUUAACAAUUAUGAUCUCUGUGAGGCUUGAUGGUUGAAGUCACAACCUUGCAUGAGUCGCUGUAGAAUUUAUAUACUAUUUUUAAUUUAAUUUACUACAUUUUUAUCAUGUUUAGUGGUACAAUAUUGUAAAACCUAAAAUAGAUUAUGACAAAUUUGCAAUUUGCAUUAUUUAAAAUUUUUAAGAUAGUGAAGUCAUUUAUUCUGUUCAA